CAGUUGACUGUCAAACUGUCAGUGAUUUUGAAGUAAAAGUUUAUCGAGAGGUGUAAAAACCAAAAUUGAAAUAGAAAUACAGGAGAAAUGUCGAAAUAUUGAAGUGAACGCAUAAUAAGUAUAUAAUAUAUUUAAUCUGUAACAGUUCUAUUGAAAUAAAAGUUAGUCGAAGUGGUAAAGCCACAAUGAUUCACAGUUUAUUUAUUAUAAAUCCAUCUGGGGAUGUAUUUCUUGAGAAGCAUUGGCGGAGUGUGGUGCCAAGAUCAGUAUGUGACUACUAUUUGGAGGCACAGAGGGCAUCUCCUAAUGAUGUUCCCCCAGUUUUGGCGGCCCCUCAUCAUUAUUUGAUAUCAAUACAAAGAGGUGGGGUAGCCCUUGUAGCUGUGUGCAUGCAGGAGGUAGCCCCACUCUUUGUGAUCGAGUUCCUGCAUAGAGUUGUUGAUACAUUCCAAGACUACUUUUCAGACUGUACUGAGACUAUAAUUAAAGAAAACUAUGUUGUAGUUUAUGAGUUGUUGGAUGAGAUGCUUGACAAUGGCUUCCCUCUGGCCACAGAGAGUAAUAUCCUGAAGGAAUUGAUUAAACCACCAAAUAUUUUAAGGACCAUCGCUAAUACUGUUACUGGGAAAUCUAAUGUGUCUUCAACACUGCCUUCCGGCCAGUUGUCGAACGUGCCGUGGCGUCGCUCCGGUGUAAAGUAUGCUAAUAAUGAAGCUUACUUCGACGUCGUAGAAGAAGUGGACGCCAUCAUUGAUAAAAGUGGUGCUACUGUGUCUGCUGAAAUACAGGGUUAUAUUGACUGCUGCAUUAAGUUAAGCGGGAUGCCAGAUCUGACGCUCACGUUUGUAAAUCCUCGCCUGUUUGACGAUGUCUCUUUCCAUCCUUGUGUCAGAUUUAAACGGUGGGAGUCUGAAAGGAUACUAUCAUUCAUCCCGCCGGACGGUAACUUCCGUUUGAUGUCGUAUCACAUCGGAUCUCAGAGCGUCGUCGCGAUACCGAUGUAUGUGCGACACAACCUGACGCUGCGGUCCAAUGGUGACCAGGGCCGGCUGGACCUCACCGUUGGACCUAAACAAACUAUGGGACGCACUUUAGAAAAUGUAUCCCUGGAGAUCUGUAUGCCUAAAUGUGUGUUGAACUGCUCUCUGACCGCGAACCAAGGCAAAUACUCCUACGACCCUGUGAGCAAGGUGCUGCUGUGGGACAUAGGACGCAUUGAAUUACCUAAGCUUCCAAAUAUUAGAGGAACUGUAUCAGUAGCAACAGGAGCGGACACGACAGGAGCGAAUCCGAGCAUCAAUGUGCACUUCACGAUCCCACAAUUAGCAGUCAGUGGGCUGCGAGUCAGCCGCCUGGACAUGUACGGCGCUAAGUACAAGCCGUUCAAAGGUGUCAAGUAUGUAACCAAAGCCGGGAAAUUCCAUGUGCGCAUGUGAUCGGAGGCUGAUACGCGAAGACCAUGGAUGUGCUAAGGGAUGAUGAUACAAGAUAUUAACUGUCAGUUGAUAAUAAAAAUAUUUUACACGUAUUUCUUGAGUUUGAUGUUAAUGCAUUCUCAUUCUUCGAGCAAGCAAGAAGCGAUUGAUAAACAAAAAAUGAAGCCAAAUCGUAAUAUUUUGUAAUCCACUGUGUGUACAUUCCCAUUCCCAUUUUUGUAUGUGCAAAUGAUAAGAUGUGAAGAAAUACAGUGUCCAAUACUUUUUUAUUAUUGUAAAUGACGGUUUAUACUUUUUGUAAUCAUCAUUCCUAUUGCUUAUGACUUGCAACAGUGAAACCAGUGUUUGUAUGGAAAUACGGUCUGAAUAUCACGGAACAAAUGUUUUCUUCUAAUAUACAAUUUUUAAGUUUUAUUCUUAGUUGAUUAUUAUGUCAUGGAUGUUAUGCGAUGUUUGUAUAUGUAUGUAUGUAUGUGACUGUAAGGAAUUGUUGUAAUCGGUAAUAUUGUACCAAUAAUGAAUUGCUCUUACUUAUUGCGCAUACGCAAUCCGCCAUUUUGGUUUAAUUUUUGGCGGUUAUCCAAAUGUCAAUUUAUUACUUUGUCUGAAUGUCUGUGUAAAAGUUAUUUGAAAACAUGAGGGUUAUGUAAAAUGAAGUCAAAUGUAAAGACAUUACCGAAAGUUCUUACAUAGGGCAUGUAAGUUAAGUAAUGAAUCAACUCAUGAAAACAUAAUAUUAUGUCAUCGGGUAUAUCAGAGUAUCCAUGUCAAAAUACUUUAGAAUAAGUUGUAAAUAAUAUAUUUUAUUCCAUGUUAAAUUACUUAUAUUAUUAAAACAAUAUUAUGCAGCAUA